UAAAAUGUAAAAUACACGAGUGCCGAACCUUUGUGAGACUGUUAAGCGUACAGCAGCUAGCCACCGUAAAAUAAACAAAGAAACGAACAGAGAAGCUAAAUGUGAAAAUGUACAGCUAAUUGAGCAACUCAUGAUCAGAAACGGCUGGUCUCGUCAGCACUGAGAUGUGUUCCGGAUAUCGAAAAUGAGCAACACCGACGAACACAAAGUGACCACCACGCCACAUAUAGUGAAAGAAGAGCUCAUUGCGGCGGGAAAAUGGGUGAAGCUGGAGAAGACGACAUACGUGGACCCUGCCGGAAACACCAGAACCUGGGAGACUGCGAAAAGGACAACAAGAAGUGCCAACACAGCAGCGGAUGGUGUGGGAAUCAUCGCCCUGCUGAAACGGACGCUCCACAAAGACUGCGUGGUGAUGGUGAAGCAGUUUCGUCCUCCCAUGGGAUGCUACACCCUGGAGUUUCCUGCAGGGUUGAUUGACGAGGGGGAAAGUGCGGAAGUCGCCGCGCUGAGGGAGCUAAAAGAAGAAACCGGCUACAAAGGGGAAGUGGUCGGGGUCACUCCAGUGACCUGUCUGGACCCUGGUCUGUCAAACUGCACCACCGAGAUCGUCCUGGUCAACAUCAAUGGAGAUGAAAUGGAGAAUAUCAACCCAACACAACAGCUUGGUGAUGGAGAAUUUGUUGAAGUCGUUCUUUUGCCUCUGGAUGAAUUCCAGCUGAAAAUAGAUGAUCUGCUGAAGAAAGAAAAUAUUGUGGUGGACGCUAAAGUGUACAUCUUUGCCAUGGGGAUGGUUCAGGCCUUCUUUAAGCCGAAGGAGCUCCCUGUGCUGAAGCAGUGAAGCAAAAUAAGAGUGAGAGCAACAAAUAGUGUUAGCUGUUACGUUGUGUCUCGGGAAAAUUCAGAAAUGUAUUCUAUGAGGAAAUUGUAUGAAAAGCUGUUGAGACCCCACGUAACCUGAUAUUUUAUUAUUAGUUUCUAUGAAGUUCAGUGACCAUCCAUAGAGCAAAAUAGCAGUUAGAAUACAACUGUGUGAAUGUGAACAAUACACAGAAAGAUCGUAGUAUGAACAGAAAAAUCAUGAAAUCAAAGCCCUGAAAAAGAUUUAGAAACUGAUGAAGGAGCUAUGUUCAUACUACUGGACCAGUUUCUGUUCUCAGUGUGACGAGGACCGAAACAUCUGAUGGCCACUUGACAAUUCUUUGUACACUUAAUGCAUUGCAUGUGACAAAUAUGUAAGUGGCAAAUAUUCAUUUCCAUUUUUUAAAAUGAAACUAGAAGUAGUUGCAUGAGAUGGAAUUUCCUGUAAUUUUACAUAGUGAUUAUAAGACAUUUCUUUAUGUGUGUUAACAUGCUGUUUGACUGAUUUAAUAGGAGAAAAAAACGACCUCAACUUCUGUCAAAAACUGGCUGUUACUGAAUUAAGUUUUGUUUUAUUUUAGUUUGGUGUGAUUUUCUCUUGGUUAACUUCAGCUGUGAGUUUGGUGACAGUCAGUUAGAAUUUUUGCACUAACAUUUAAUGCUAUACAGAGACAUUAGACAGCCCUCGGAAAACAAGAGCAGCUUCUCUGGAUUUUUUCUGAAAGCAUUCACAUGAAUCCACCUCCUAACUUUAGCUAUUAAUCACUGAAUAACUCGUGAUGGUGAUAAUAGGUAUGGGCUGUGUUUAGUUGGUGUAUUAACAACAGUUUUAACAAUAUGGAUGGGGGAGGCGGUGAUCUCUUGCAUGCUUCCACUGUAAUGUACAACAGAGGUACUGUAUUGAUAAAGAAAUUAUUAACAGAAAAGAAUCCAUUUUUUUGCCUCCAACCUCCUUAUGGUGCAAAUGACAUUGGUCCUCUACUUCUUUACUUACCCUAGCACCUACAGAUUACUGACCAAUAAAUACAUGUGAUAAUACCAUUGUU